AGACAAGUUUACAUGUGCUGGAGACUAGACUAGAAGCACUUCUGAACUAAGAUACCCAGUCUGUGUUGAGAUUCUGGCAUAUCUUGGAUAUCAUUUGUUUGGGUUUAGUUUUACAGUUACUUUGUGUUUCAGAUCUCAGAUUCUUUGAGGUUGAAGAGCACUAAAAUUAGAAAAUGAGUGAACUUGACCAGUUACGGCAGGAGGCCGAACAACUUAAAAACCAGAUCAGAGAUGCCAGAAAAGCAUGUGCAGAUGCAACUCUCUCUCAGAUCACAAACAAUAUUGACCCAGUGGGAAGAAUCCAAAUGCGCACUAGGAGAACGCUGAGGGGGCACCUGGCCAAGAUUUAUGCCAUGCACUGGGGCACAGAUUCCAGGCUUCUUGUCAGCGCCUCACAGGAUGGAUAACUCAUCAUCUGGGACAGCUACACCACAAACAAGGUCCAUGCCAUCCCUCUGCGCUCCUCCUGGGUCAUGACCUGCGCAUAUGCUCCUUCUGGGAACUAUGUGGCCUGCGGUGGCCUGGAUAACAUUUGUUCCAUUUACAAUCUGAAAACUCGUGAGGGAAAUGUCCGCGUGAGUCGUGAGCUGGCAGGACAUACAGGCUACUUGUCCUGCUGCCGGUUCCUGGAUGACAAUCAGAUCGUCACCAGCUCUGGAGACACCACAUGUGCCCUGUGGGACAUCGAGACCGGCCAGCAGACGACCACAUUUACUGGACACACUGGAGAUGUCAUGAGCCUUUCUCUUGCUCCUGACACCAGACUGUUUGUCUCUGGUGCUUGUGAUGCUUCAGCCAAACUCUGGGAUGUGCGAGAAGGAAUGUGCCGGCAAACUUUCACCGGCCACGAGUCUGACAUCAAUGCCAUCUGUUUCUUUCCCAAUGGCAAUGCAUUUGCCACGGGCUCAGACGAUGCUACCUGCAGGCUGUUCGACCUCCGUGCAGACCAAGAGCUUAUGACUUACUCCCAUGACAAUAUCAUUUGUGGGAUCACUUCUGUCUCCUUUUCUAAAAGUGGGCGCCUGCUUCUUGCCGGGUACGACGACUUCAACUGCAACGUCUGGGAUGCACUCAAGGCUGACAGGGCAGGUGUCUUGGCUGGGCACGACAACCGCGUCAGCUGCCUGGGGGUGACUGACGAUGGCAUGGCUGUGGCAACGGGGUCCUGGGAUAGCUUCCUCAAGAUCUGGAACUAAUGCCAGUAGCAGGUGGACGCCAUGGUGACUGGAAGCCCAUUCCAACCUUGAAGCGUUGCAGUGAUAGCAUAUUCCAUCCAACCGUACUAACGUGGACCCCCUACACCUCCCCUCAGAACUUCAAAAGGGCAAGAUCUUUUUUCCUUCACUUAUUGCUGAAACCAAGAGCACAAUUCCCAUUAAGAGAAGGAUCUCUGUGCUGUAAACUAAAACAAAUUGUGCAUUCCUUCCGGGGCCAUUGUCUUUGUUUUUUUUUUGUUUUUCUUCUUGUCUUGAAUGAAUUUUCAAAGGAAAUACUAUAAUAAAAAUGUUAUCCAGAAGGUAAACUUGAGUGUAAUUGUGAGACAGACACACCUUUUCACUAGUUUAUUUGAAUUUUAGACCAGUGAUCCUGUUUUGUGAUGUUCAUGCAAAACAAGUUGAGGACUUUAUCUUGUAAUCGUUUCUAAAUUUCAAGUUGUGUUUGUAGCAAGAUUUUGGAAGCAUUCAUAUUUCUUUUUUAAAAAUAUAUUCCUUUCUGUUCAAUAGCUAAACAGAACCAGAGAGUCCAGGGCAGCCUCUCUGAUAUUGUCAAUGAUGUAAAUUUAGUCCCUGGUUCUUUUUACUUUCUGUCUCGUGUCACAGAUAAUUGUUGCACACAAACAUGAUAUAGAAAGAGUAAUGUUGAGGUAACCAAGCACAUGCUGUUGAUGGUCUUGAAUGUGCGAUCAAGGAAUUCUUCACCUUUUCUGGAUAGUAAAUUCAAAUCCAGCACACCCUUUCCUCCAAACCCAUCCUCCUUACCUUCUCAAUUCAGUUUUUAACUUUACCUUGGGUUUCCUUGUGAAGUUGGAGGGAAGUUUAUAAUAGCCUAACACUACCCCACCCCACCCUCAACUACCAGGAACCUCUGUUUUCAAGAGAGAUGCCUGUCCUGUGCUUGGAUAGUCAGUCAGUCAGUCAAUUAUUUGUGUAUGAAACAAUGUACAAAUCAAUGUUUUGAAAAUAAUGAUCUCAGACUUUCUAAGUUAAAUUUUAAAAAAUUUGAUUGUUUGCCAUAUUGGGUGGGUUUACUCUUAGAAUCGCAUGCUGUAGAAAUGCUCAAAAGUGCAUAUAGGACUCAGUCCUUAGAUGUUCUUUUUCUUUUAAGAAAUAACCUCUUACAGUUGUAACCAUUGCGGCGCUAUCCACUUAUUGUUGCUACUCUGUGCACACAUAUCGGAAGCAGUACAAUAAGCAGCUCUACACGCUUGAGUAGCGGGAUAAGUUCUUCUUUUCUUUAUUUCUUUUAAAACAAAAAGCAGUCCUGUUGCAAACGAUUGCUGUUGGAUUCUGAGGGGGGGAGGGAGGGAGGGAGGGAGGGAGAAGGGGGGGAGAGCCUGCCCUUCCUCUGUAUCAAUUCCUCAUGGCCUGUCUCUCCCAUAGAACAAGCCUUUUGCAUCUGAGGCAGAUCAUUUUUAUAAUAUGCAGAUUUUCCUGGUUUUCAUUUUAAGUCCAGUGUUCAGCAGCAGCGUUUGGACAGCAGUGUUCUGUGGACCCUCCUGCUCCCCCCUGUUCCCCCAGCGCCCCUCCAUAGCAGCAGUAGUGGCUUCUCCAUCCUGUUUUCUGCAACAUCCUGUACAAAACUGUGCUGUGACUGUGCGGUAGGCCUGGAUCUGGCAAAGAGAAUAAAAACGAAACCCUUUCUUUCUCCUCCCAUCAAACAACUCUGUAGAGCUCUCUGCACCCUUUACCUUUUCACCUUUUGUAUUUAAUUUUAAAGUCAGUGUACUGCAAGGAAGCUGGAUGCAAGAUAGAUACUAUAUUAAACUGUACUGUUAUUUAAGAUGUAAUAAAGCAGUUUGACAUGAUGGA